AUGCCGUCCGCCGCUACCAUAUCACGUCUGAAACUCAAACAAACGUAUCUCAGCGAUAUUACGCUCGAAGUAGGCAAUGAAUGGUUAAGCUUUCUUACCAUUACCGACAGCCGGAUGAAAAGCGUGCCGGCCACCAUGGCGCAUCUGGUAGCGUUGGAGAUGCUCGAAAUAUCAAAAUCAUCCAUUGAAACGGUCAACUUGAAUCUGUUCAGCAAGCUAACGCACCUACGUCACCUGAACCUGUGCGAUAACAAAAUACUGUUUCUUCAUUUGUCCGACGCAGCGGAGGGCAAUUUCGCGCAGCUGAGAGACUUGUUUCUCAGUGGCAAUUUGCUGACCACGAUCGACUUGAGCGGCUUCAACAAUAUGAAGCUGCUGCAGACGCUAGAUCUCCAUAGAAACCGGAUCAGGCGAAUGCAAGGGGCGCUGGUGUCGAAUAGCUUGAAAUUUCUCGAUCUAUCUGAUAAUCGUAUUGAGACACUUAACUGUUGCGAGUGGAACAUUACCAGCUUGAACCGGUUCAUGCUGAGUAGUAAUGAAUUGGUGACGUUGCCAAGCUGCCUACCGUUGACCAUGCCCAACGUCAUGUACCUCAUAUUCCAAAGGAACGCGCUGACUGAUUUCGAUUCGUGGUACAGCCUUUUUACGCUGGAAAGAUUGUACCAUUUAGACAUUAGCUACAACCGGCUGACGAAGGCGGUAUUCGACAACGUUUCGCUAUCGUUAUCGAUUCUCGGCCUGCAAAACAAUAACAUUAAAGUGCUGAGUGUUCCAGCAGCGGAUUACGGUCUGAAUAUCCUGGCAUCCUUUAAUUCGAUCGAUACGUUCGAUAUCAAAAGCCUGUCUCCGAACGUUACGUCCCUGGAAAUGUUAGGCAACCCGAUUGACUGCACGUUCGAUCGAGCACCCGUCGUCUAA